AUGAUGAUCAUUGGGUUGUUCCUGAUUGCCGCGUGGACCGCACCAUCCAUCGCUGAACUACCGCCAGGUGUGCAAUCCUGUCCCCGGACAAACGAUCUACCACAAUACGACAGAUGCGUGUUGAAGCAAUUGAAAGCGAUCACGCCGUACCUAGCGAAGGGGAUACCGUCGUUGAAGCUACCGGCGCUGGACCCUCUGUUUCUUCCGUCUUUGACGGUCGACAGGAACCUGGAGGCGUUGAAAAUCAAGGCCAACAUGACCAAGAUACGCGUCCACGGCGCGACCAAUUUCCUCAUCGACGAGUUGAAGGCGAACCCUAACGACCUCACGGUGUUCAUAAAAGUUCAGCUGCCGCACGUUCACGUGAACGGCGACUACGACGUGCAAGGAAGGCUGUUGCUGCUCCCGUUGAACGGGGCCGGUAGUUUCAAAGGAAACUUCACUAAUACAGAAGCAGCAGUGACUGCACAAGGCAAAGAAACCACCGACAAGAACGGCGUAAAAAGGAUCGACAUCGAUAAGCUCGUGACGAAAAUUCGUGUUGGUGAUGGUAACAUCAAGCUCAAAUCUCCACCUAGUCACACUCUAGCUGCUGACGCAGCGGCCACGUUCUUCAAUUCGAAUCCCCGGCUGGUUCUGGACAUCGCCAGUCCGAUCAUCGAGGACACCGCGGCCACAGUGAGCAGAGCGCUGGCGGCAAGAGCGUUGGCAAUGCUCACGAAAGAGGAAUUGCUUCUCUAG